AUGUCUGAUAAGCUGCUAUCUUUGGAGAACCCCGUGGUACCUAGUCACUAUGAAUUGUGCCUAGACAUUGACCCUAAGCAGUCGUCACCCAAUUUCAAAGGUUCCGCUAAAAUCCACUUGAAAUUCAAUUCGAACUCCACCACUUUAGCUUCUAGCAACGAUAGUCUUACCCAGUUCAAGUUACAUUCCAAGGACUUGAUCGUCUUAUCUGCACAUGCUACCAUGGGGGCUACUAAUUUUGAUCUAAAGGUUUCUCAAGAUGUUGAAAAGCACUGGUCCAUUUUCCAUUCUGAAUCCCCCAUUCAAUUGUCCAACGAAUGCCCUUUGGUUCUGUCCGUGCAAUAUGUGGGUAAAAUCCGUAACAUAAAGACACAUCACGAUAAGACUUUUGGUAUUUUCGAAACGAAUUUUAUGGAUCACAAAACGGGCAGUGCCAAUAACCAUGUGGUUGCUACACACUGCCAACCGUUUUCGGCUAGCAAUAUUUUUCCAUGUGUCGACGAACCUUCAAACAAGUCCACUUUUCAAUUGAACAUUGCAAUGGACUCGCAGUAUAAAGCCGUUUCUAACACUCCGGUCGAGAGUAUCGAAGCCUUGGACAAUGCUCAAAAACACUUGGUGAAAUUUGCCAAGACACCUUUGAUGACAACUUCCGUAUUUGGUUUUGCUAUGGGUGAUUUGGAAUUUUUAAAAACAGAGGUCAAAUUGAAGGGUGAUAGAACUAUAUCCGUUUCCAUUUAUGCACCUUGGGAUAUUGCCAAUGCAACUUUCACUUUAGAUACCGUCCAGAAAUAUCUACCUUUGUUGGAAUCUUAUUUCAAUUGUUCAUACCCUUUGCAAAAGUUAGAUUUCGUCCUACUGCCAUAUUUAAGCGACAUGGCAAUGGAGAACUUUGGCAUGAUCACCAUUCAAUUAAACCACCUACUCAUACCACCAAAUGCCCUGGCCAACGAAUCCGUCAGAGAACAAGCGCAGCAACUCAUUGUCCAUGAAUUGGUCCAUCAAUGGAUGGGCAACUACAUAUCUUUUGACUCAUGGGAGUCUCUUUGGUUUAAUGAGUCUUUCGCCACUUGGUUAGCAUGCUAUAUACUAGAACAAAAUGGUGACUUAUCCCAUUAUUGGACAUCAGAUCCUUAUUUGCUACAGCAAGUGGAACCGACUAUGUGCAGAGAUGCGUCAGAUAUCAAUGGCAAAAGCAUAUUCCAGAUUGUACAACGAAACACUGGCAUCGACUCCCAGACCUCUGAUAUCUUUGAUCCUGAGGCAUACACAAAGGGUAUCAUCAUGCUGAGGUCCCUGCAAUUAGCCACAGGCGAAUCUCAUUUACAAAAAGGUCUGCAAAGUGUAUUUGAAGAUACUCAAACUUUUCAUGAAAGAAGUGUUAAGCCCAUGGAUAUCUGGAAUCAUAUCGGAAUAACUUUGAAAUCUCAAAAUAUUACGAACUUUGUUUCAUCAUGGACAAGAACCCCAGGCUUACCUGUCGUUAAGGUCGAAUUGGAAGAAAAAGAUGGAAAAACGCAAACAAAAUUGACUCAACAUAGAUUCAUCAAUCAAUUGUCCAGUGAAGAAAAGGUCCAAUUAGAAGAUGUCCCGUAUCAAGUACCCUUAUUUGGUGUUCUGUUAGAUGGUAAAGCGGACACUAAUAAUGUACUAUUAACAGACAGAACCUUGAAAUUGGAUUAUCCUAUCUUAGUGCUUAACCAUUUGGCCCAAGGUUAUUACCGCGUUUCAUACGAAUCCGAAGAGUGCUAUGCAAAGAUUAAUGAUAAACUAACUGAGGGAACGUUAUCUGAAAUCGAUCUUUGGAAGAUUUUCUUGGACUUAUCGCAAUUUAUUGGAGAUGAAGAUUUCCAGAAUCCCAUUCAUGUGCUCGGUCUCUGUAAAAUAUUAAGCCAUAUUGCUUCUUCCUCCUCAAAGAUUGCAUCCAAAUAUUGGGCUCCUCUCUCCAAGGGAUUGGAAGUCCUUCAAACGAUCGACCGUGCAAGUUUGACAAGCUCUAAAUUACUAUCCUUCUUGAAGAAAAAAAUUGUCAUCCCCCUUUUCAAUAAGAUUGAUUGGCCCCAUGGUGAAUUUGAUAAAAGUGCAAAUCCUCACGAGUUGAAAGUUAUGUCUCAAGUCUUGUUUAUGAACAAAAACUCUGGAAAAUGUGCUGAAUUGUGCCAAAUUUAUUUCAAGCAUCUAUUACAAGGCCCACGUUCGAGUGUGCCGUUAGAAUUAGUGAAUUCAAUCCUUGUUGUGGUAUCUCAACAUUGUUCAAAUAUCAAACAGUGGAAGAAAAUAUUCGAUUUGGUUAAACGCAGUUCCUGUGCUGGUAUCAUGAACCAUGUUAAUAAUUUGUAUAACCAAAACAGUGACGAAACUGCCACAUUGAUUCAAAAUGGUGCAAUUGAAUCUCUAGGGUUCUGUUUAGAUUCCGACAUCGUGAAAAAGAUUUUGAAUUUUAUCACUUCUAAUAUUGAAUCUGACGGGAUGGAACUGGCUUUAUUCGGAUUCAAUUACAACUUUAAAAAGAGGCUGAACAAAAACGAGAAACCUCAAGAUCAAAUCGUUCGUGACACGAUCUGGAAGUGGUAUGUGGACAAUUUUGACCAAUGGGCACGGAAGGCCACAAGGAAAGGUACCACUACAGGGGACCAUCUGCAUAAGGCGUUAAGGAGUAUUUCCCUGAUAAUUUUUCAAAUGUUUGUAGCAGACGAGCCACAAAAGAUAGAAAAGUUCAUCAACUUGGAGAAAGAGAAGCUGGGCCAAAACUUGUUAUCUUUAGAUGACAUCUGGGCCUCUGUCCAACAAGAUGAAGUGUCCAGAAAGACUAUAAGAAGAGAUUUUACCUCCUUGGUUUGA